AUGGUAUUCAUCCGAUCGAUGCUGGAGAUGGAUAGUGUUCUCGAUAUGCUGUGGGCGCUGGAUCAGCGUUGGACACAGCAGAGGCGACAUACUGCUCACGAACUAGAAAAGCUGUCAGAGUACGUACACUUCGAAUGGGGUGAUACAAAGAACUUGGAUAGCGUCUCAGCACGAGUCUUGACCAUCGAUAAGCCGGGGUUAAGAGGUGGAAAAACCACGUGUGCAUGCAGGGUCGGACUUGACAACGAACUUCGAUACAUCAUCGCGGAUGGUAGCGCGUUGCUUGCAGAUCUUUACAAUCCUCGAGCGCAAAACAUGUCUUCUUUCUUGCUCUCAGCACGAAUCGCCUACCUGAAGUGA